AUGGCAGGGGACCUCUUGGUCGGGAUGCUCUACAACUUAUUACUGCCACUGGUCCUGCUGACUGCCUCUUCGUUCCGCUACAAUGGUCUGUCGGUGGUGUAUUUCCUGUUUCUGCUCACUUUGCCGCUGAUGCCGAACCCCAGCCUGGUCACCAUGAAAGGUAAAACAGGUCAGUUCAUGCGGCGGCUCAUCUAUACUAGUUUGACCUUCCUGACCCUGCAGUGCUUCAUGCAGAUCCCCUUUGCCUACAUCCCUCCACAUGUUAGCGGCCACUGGGAAGAUGUCCUCUAUCAUUUGGGAAUUAUAAGAUUUAGCUCGGUGGACCCUGGGAACACCGUGCGUCUCCUGGCCCCAGAUGUGGGCCUCCUCUUCUCUUCCCUCUUCGUACUGAGGCUGUGCAAAAAACUACUGCGACCCCUGCCCCAAGUCAGUCUGCACGAGAACGGAAUAACGCCGUCUGACCCCGAGGAAGUGGAAACAUCCGACUCUGACUCUGAGGGAGGAAGUGACACGGAGUCCUUUAACACCUCAGAUGAGACUACAGUGCCCGUUCAGUCAGCUCCGCCCCAGUUUGUCCAGAAGCUGAUGGUUUUUGCAGCCGGGCUGAGGCUGCUGCUGGCGGCAAUCUUGAACACCGCAGGGAAAGUGGUGGUGACUUUACUACUCGGGCUGGCAGGUAUCACGCUGCCAUCCCUCACCUCAGGUGUGUACUUUGGGACGUUCCUCGGCCUGGUGUGGUGGUGGAUGUUCGGCCGCUCCAUCAGCCUGCUACUCUUCAGCUCCCUGUGUGUGAUGAUGGCAAUCUUCAGUGGAGGACACCUGCUGGCUCUGUACCUCUACCAGCUGCCUCUGUUCCAGCAGUAUGUGCCACCAGAAGAUGUCUAUGCCAGGCUGUUUGGUAUGACAGGAGUGGUCAGAAUCAACAGUUCAGACCCGCACAUUCUUGGUUUGCACCCACAUGUCAGCUGGCCUGACUUCAUCAACCCUUUGGUUCUACUGCUGCUCUACUACACACUAGUGGCUCUGCUGCACAAAUGGGUGCACAUUACGGAGGAGGACGCUGUAGAUGAUGAGGGGUGUGAGAGUCCACUAGAAAGUCCAGAGGCUCCCCCGAGCUUCUCCAGGGUCAUCUACAUCUCAGGAGACAAGCUGGAGCCAAUGGUUUUAAUGACUGGGAAUUUCGAUGAAGAUGUCCUUAGAAAUGAUGUUGGCUCUCUGUUAGAAGGGGAAGGGUAUACAGACUGCUACCCUCCACCACAGUAUGAAGUCAAGCAAUCACUAUCACAUGAGACAGAUAGUGAGGAAGAAAUGGGAGAAACCUCUGAGGAGAACCUGAAGACUGUAACAGAGAACUCAAGUCCUCCCUCAGGUCCUAGUGGCCUGGUAGUCUUUGGACUGCUGGUGCAAAAACACAGCUAUGUCAGCGCCCUCAUCACCAUGAUGGUGUGGAGUAUCACCUACGUCAGCUGGUUGACGUUUGCCUUGCUGGUGUGGUCCUGUAUUAUUUGGAUGAUGCGGGACCGGCGCCGCUACGCCAUGCUGUCCGCCCCGUUCCUGGCCGCGUACGGCACCGUGCUGAUCGGGCUGGGCUUCGUGAGCGGCCUGCGGCUGAGUCGAGCCGAGCUGUACCCCGCGCUGCCCCCGGCGGUGAUCAUGGACUUCGACCUGAACAGCUACCACCCGGCGCCCUGUCUCCACUUGGGAGCCAAGGUCUUCUACAGCUUCAGCUUUUGGUUGAUGUUUCGUCAGCAGCUAAAAGAGAGACAAGAGGAGCAGAGCUUAAAAGAGGAAUCUCUAGAUGAAGUCAAAGUCCUACCACCGGAGGAAAGUCCGCCGUCACCUUUGGCUGCAAUCCUGAUCUCAGGAGUGAAAGGGACGCUGGUGAAAUACUGGAUCCUCUUCUGCUGCUCCAUGUUCUUUGUGGUCAGCUUCUCUGGAAAGGUGGUUGUGUACAAGAUCCUCUACAUUGUCCUCUUCCUCUUCUGUGUUGGCCUCUAUCAGAUCCGCUACGACGUGUGGCGUCGGGUCCUGAAGACGUUCUGGGCGAUGGUUGUCGGCUACUCCAUGUUGGUGUUAAUAGCCGUCUACAUGUACCAGUUCAGAUGUGUGUCUGGGCUCUUCAGACAGAUCAUGGGCAUGUCGGAGGAGGGUCUUCGUGACCUGGGUUUGGAACGGUACGACACAGUGGAGCUGUUUGCCCGUAUCCUGCUCCCCGCUGUGUUUCUAUUGGCUUGCAUCCUCCAGCUGCACUACUUCAACUCAGACUUUCUCACUCUCACUGACCUCGACAACGUCCCUGUUAGACAGGCCUCCAGAGAAGAAGAGUUCAGAAGUUCAGUCAAUGUGAUUUCUGAGGCCAUUAAAGAAAACAUUGAGAAGUUUCAGAAAAGAAUGGUGAAAGAGCAACUGGGAAAUGGGAAAAGUCAGGAGACUCUGGACAGCAUUGGACUCCAAAGCUCUUCAGAGAAAGGAGCUGGAGAGCAGGAGGAGACAACAAAGGAGGAAACUGCCAGCAGUCACGAGGACAAGUGGAUUGUGAUUGUGGACCGUUGCAGCCUGCUGCUCAUUCAGGCUCUAUCAGGACUCUACAAGCUCCAGGAGCAGAGCUGGAGACUGCUGGAACUCCACAGCCUCAAAAUCGUGUCCUCAGGCAUCAUCUGGGUGUCACUGCAGGAGGUUUCUCUCAUGAACUCGCUCUUCCUGAUUCUGUGGGUGUUUGCACUUCCGUUCCCACGGUUACGACCUACAGCGUCCAGCAUCUCUGCUGUGUGGGCCUGCAUCAUGGUGGUGUGCAAGAUGUUUUACCAGCUCAAAGUCAUCAAACCUCUUGAUUACUCCUCCAACUGCACCGCUGCCUUGGUGCCGUCCAACAGCUCGGGCCUGGAUGAUGGAGCGGAGCUGAGGGGGAACAUGGGGGAGCUGGUCCUGAGGUCCAUUCUCUACGUCGAGCCUGUCGACCCUGUCUACUGGUGUGGAGCGCUGCGUAAAUGUGAGGGCAGGAUCCUCCCCUGUCUCAGGAACCAUCUGAUGGUGCUCGGGCUGCUGGUGUUUGAGGCAACAGUCCAUCGGCACCAGCUCUACUUCCGUCUAAAUAACGAGCUAAAGUCCCCGCCCUUCAGCAUCAUCUUCAAGGGCAUCACAAGGCAGCACCUGGAUCACGGCGUCCUGCCCUGCAUCAAGUACUUCAUCAACUUCUGCUUCUACAAAUUUGGACUUGAGAUCAGUUUAAUCGUGGCCGUCAACGUGAUUGGUCAGAGGAUGGAUGUCUAUGCCCUGCUCCAUUCCUGCGCCCUGAUGGCUGUUCUGUCACGGAGACGCAGAAAGGCCAUCGGGGAGGUGUGGCCUAAAUACUGCUGCUUCACUGCCGGGCUCAUGGUGCUGCAGUACCUGCUCUGCAUUGGCAUCCCUCCUGCUCUCUGUGUUGAUUACCCCUGGAGAUCUGCAGUUCAACCUUUGACCUCUAAUGUAAUUAAGUGGUUUUACCUGCCCGACUUCGCCAUGGCACCUGAUCCUUCAUUCAUAUUCUACGACCACCUCCUGUUGCUCUGCUCGUCCCUGCAGUGGCAUGUGUUCGAGGAGGAGAACCGAGCAGUGGUGCGACUGAUUGCUGGAGACAACGUUGAGAUUAGCCGCAGUCUGGAUCCUGUUUCCUUCAACAAGUUUAUACCUGUAGACAACUUCCUUCACUGCAGGUGUUACCUCGACAUGGUGAAGGUGUUUGUAUUCAGCUACUUUUUCUGGCUGGUGCUGUGCCUCAUCUUCAUCACCGGAACCACGCGGAUCAACAUCUUCUGUCUGGGAUACCUGGUGGCCUGUUUCUACUUCAUGUUGUUUGGAGGCAGCGUGUUGAUGCAGCCGGUCAGAUACAUCCUGCGCCUGUGGGACUGGCUCAUCGGAUACACCUGCUUUGUGAUUGCCAUGAAGAACCUGCUGUCGCUGGGUUCGUGUGCCUACCUGGACAGCUUGUUGAAGAGCGGCUGCUGGUUAAUUCAGGCCUUCAGCAUGUUCUGCACCAUCAAAGGCUACGACGUCCCUGCUCCCGAUGAUGAGUGUGAGCUGCCGGAGGGGGAGGCCGGCAUCGUCUGGGAUGCCAUCUGUUUCACCGUCCUCCUGGCACAAAGGAGGGUUUUCCUCAGCUACUACUUCCUGUACGUGGUGUCCGACCUCAAAUCCUCAAAGAUAUUGGCCUCCAGGGGCGCUGAGCUGUUUGAGGCCAGAGUGAAGAAGCAGGUGGCAGCCAGACUAGAGAUGGAGAAGAAAUCUGUGCAGACACUGAAGAAACAGAUGGAGAAGAUCAAAUCCAAACAGAAGAGUGGCCCUAAAACAGCAGACAAACCAGCUCUUCCUGCUGAUGCAGAGCAGGAGGCUCUGCGUAACACAAGGGAUGAUGAGAAUGCAAAGAAAGAUGCUGGAAAAUGGUGGAAGCCAUGGGUGUCUAAGCCUGGAGUGGAAAACAACUGUGGCUACCACCUGUUUGAAAGUGACAGUGAGGAGGAAGAGGAGGACGUUACAGAGAAGCAGGAAGUGGAACCACUACCAAAGAAGAAAUCUGCUUUUCAGUUGGCCUACGACGCCUGGGUCACCAGCUCUAAGUCGGCCCUGAAGGACCUGAAGAAGGAGAAGACCAAAAGAAAGAAAGAGGAGAAGAAGAGAGCAAAGAGAGAGCUGCGGAGUCAGCAGGGCAUUGAAAGAACGGACUCUAGUGAGGAUGAACUGGAUGAAAGCCCCGCGGAGGAAGAGGAAGAGGUGGAAAAAGAAAACAUUCUGCAGCGCGUCAUUAACACCUUGAAGUUCAGCUUGGUCUUCAUUAAGUCCCUGCUUGACGACCUGACAGGGGGACUGAACUCCUUCUGUAAAGAAACUCUGGACAUUUCCAAGGUGCUGCGCUUCGAGCGCGCGCUACUCAGCCAGCAGCAAAAGAAGGGUAAAGAGGUGAGCGAGCAGUGCGUGAAGCAGUUUUAUGAAAACUGGAUAUCCCGUCAGAACACACUUUCAUCUCAAGACGACCUAGAUGACUGUGUGCCUCCUUCCUCCCCUCCUGAUGUGCCGUCCUCGCGCCGUUCCUAUGCCAAGCUCAAGAACCAAGCCUCCAAAGUGUCCUGGGGCAGCAGCGUUUCCAGCUGUUCGACAGAUGAGACGAUGCUAGGCUCCCGGCAGCCGACCCUGGAAGAGCUGGACGAGCCUCCUCCUGCAGCUGACAAGCUCAGACGCAGGCUCCUGAAAACAGCAAACAUUGACCUGACCUCCUUUGACACAGUUUUGCUUUCACCGAGCUGUGAAGAUGACGUCCCACAAAAGAAGCACCACAAACAAGAAGAUGCUGAUGAGGAGAACAUGGAGGGUGAGACAAAACGUGUGCGGGUUGAGACCGAGGAUGGGGGACAACGAGCGGAGGAGCGUGAGGUGGGAAGAGAAGACCUGAGUGAGGAUGAGCAGCAGGGAGAAGAAGAUGAAUGCGCUUAUUACCCAGAAUGCACAUCGUUGGGCGUCAGGGACAGUGAUGGUGAGAAGAGCCUCGACCUCACAGAAUCUCCCAGAGCCCUGAGUCAAGAAACGAGGAACCUCACUGCCAGUGAGCUGCUGCUUAACAAUAUGUUUGAAAAUAACGAGAUUGAAGAGUCCGAUAAGUUUUUUGUGGGGUUGCCGAGGCCACUGAAGCUGCUGACGGCCCUCUAUAACACCAUGGUGUCCAAGUCAGAGAUGCUGUGCUACUUCGUCAUCAUCCUCAACCACAUUGUCACGGCUUCGCUGCUCUCGCUCAUCCUGCCCAUUCUUAUCUUCCUCUGGGCCAUGCUGUCUGUGCCCCGGCCCACCAAGCGCUUCUGGAUGACUGCCAUUAUCUACACAGAGCUGACUGUUGUGGUGAAGUACUUUUCCCAGUUUGGUUUCUUCCCCUGGACCACCUCUGCCUACAGAGGUAUCAACGCUGAGCGUCCCUUCGCAAUGCCCAACAUCAUCGGGGUGGAGAAGAAGGACGGCUACGUCCUCUUUGACCUCAUUCAGCUCCUUGCUCUGUUUUUCCACCGCUCGAUUCUCAAGUGCCACGGGCUGUGGGACAACAAAGAGGUUGAGAUGCCGGAUUUCUUCAAGAAGAUGAAGAAGAAAGUUGACAAGAAGAAAAUGACAGGAGGAGAUAAGAUGGGCAGCAAAGACAAAACUCAACGCCGGCUGAAGUUCCUGCCUUUCCAGGCCUCCACCACCUCCAUGUUCUUUAGACGAAAGGGAGGCGACCCAGCAGAAUGUGAUGGGAUGAAGCCUGAGAAGCAUCACAGCAAGAACAAGAGACGACAAAGAAACAAGGAGCCGCUGACCAGAAAGCAGAGGAUGAGACAGCAGUUCAAAGAGAGGAUGCUUCAGGCCAGAGCCGCCAUCAUAGAAGUUGCACUUCAUAUUUAUUUACCAAUAAGACAGUUCUUCUAUGACAUCAUCCACCCGGAAUACAGCCCCGUGUGUGACGUCUACGCCCUCAUGUUUCUCAUCGACGUGGUGAACUUCAUCGUCACUAUCUAUGGAUACUGGGCUUUUGGAAAAUAUUCAGCAGUCGCAGACAUCACAGAGUCGCUCUCGGAGGACCAGGUUCCAGAAGCCUUCCUGGUCAUGUUGCUCAUGCAGUUUGGCACCAUGAUAGUGGACCGGGCCCUCUACCUAAAGAAGUCCCUGCUGGGAAAGUGUGUUUUCCAGGUUGUGCUGGUGUUCGGCAUACACUUCUGGAUGUUCUUCAUCCUCCCCGGGGUCACAGAGAGGAGGUUCAACAGAAACCCCAUUGCUCAGCUCUGGUACUUUGUAAAGUGUGUCUACUUUGGCUUGUCUGCCUAUCAGAUCAAAUGUGGCUACCCAAACCGCAUCCUGGGAAACUUCCUCACCAAGAACUACAACUACCUGAACCUCUUCCUCUUCCAAGGGUUCCGUUUGGUUCCCUUCCUGACGGAGUUGAGGGCCGUGAUGGAUUGGGUUUGGACUGACACCACUCUGUCUCUCUCCAGUUGGAUUUGUGUUGAAGACAUCUAUGCAAACAUAUUUAUCCUCAAGUGCUGGAGGGAGUCCGAGAAAAAAUACCCGCACACUCCUGGGCAGAAGAAGAAGAAGGUGGUGAAAUAUGGGCUGGGAGGGUUCAUCAUCUUCGCUCUCAUCAGCAUCAUCUGGUUCCCGCUGCUCUUCAUGUCGCUGGUGCAGUCAGCGGCCGGAGUGACCAAUCGGCCGGUUGAAGUCUCUAUCCAGCUCAGCAUCGCAGGAUACGAGCCUCUGUUCACCAUGAGCGCUCAGGAGCAGAACUUGGUUCCAUACACAGAAGCUGGAUUCAGCCGACUCACCAAAGUCUACGCAACUCAUCCAUCGGCCAUGCAGUUCAUAAUGAACUACCUGGCGGACGACAUCGUUGUCGCUAAGAUUAAGAGUGAUGCCAGUCUGCUGUGGAGCAUCAGCCCGGCUAGUCGAGCAGCCAUGGUACAAGAGCUCAGCAACUCCUCUCAUGUAUACAUUACCUUACGCUGGUCGCUGCUCAGGAAUGCAUCCAUAUCAAUGAACCCAGAGACGGUGGGAGAACGUACUGUGAAGUUUGAGGACAAGGCCUUGAGAGAAGGGAUAAUCCAGAUGCUCAAUGGCAACAGCAGCAAACCUGUGAUCAUUAAUUCUCUGCUACCAAAGUUCCUCAGGGGUCCCAAAGGACCAGAGUCCAAAAUGGCAACCAGGAUGACAGUAGGGCCCUUGGACCGGCCAGAACUCCAGGCGCUGGCUUUCUUCAGGCCCAUGUCAGUCAAACUUCAACAGGUCAACGAAGGGGCGGACCAGUGGUGGAUGGUGGAGGAGUGCUCUCCUGUUCUUGCCUUCUCCCACCACGAGUGUCACAGCAUUGAGAUAGUGGUGUUCAGUGACAAAGUCAGCCCCGCCAGUCUGGGCUUUCUGGCUGGUCACGGCAUCGUGGGCCUGUACAUGUCAGUGGUGCUGGUCAUUGGAAAGUUUGUCAGGGAGUUCUUCAACGGGAUCUCCAGGUCCAUAAUGUUUGAGGACCUGCCGUGUGUGGACCGGGUCCUGAAGCUCUGCACGGACAUUUUUGUGGUCCGCGAGACGGGAGAGAUGGAGCUGGAGGAGACGCUCUUUGAGAAACUCAUCUUCCUGUACCGCUCGCCAGAGACAAUGAUCAAGAUGACCAGGGAAAAGAAAGAUGACUAGGGUUUGGUGGAGUAACUUGUUAGUGCGGGAGAUAAGAGGGUGAAACGCCACUGGUUGAUGUGUUCACACGCGGCUCCCAAUCACUCAAAGUUAAUGUUUAAAAACAAAUGCCCUUUGUGCAGAGUUGUUACACGUUUCAAUCUCAACAGGAGAGUAAUUCAAAUCAUAUUUGUUGCAAAUGGAGCAGCAUGGAGGAAUAUGUGAUAUAGCCAGUUGUAAUCAAGGU